CUCUUGUGACAUCGGCCAUUGAUUUCACCAACGGGCAGUUAGAUAGACAUUACAGUUGAGACGGAUAACCACAACGUUAGCUUGCUAGUUAGCCAGGUGCAUCUCCGGGGUGACCUUCGUCUCUGGUUCCAUGUCUUACUUCUCACGGUGAAGGUCUGUUUUUUGGUGGGUAGUGGGUUUGGCUGUCCUUGUUGCCUGGAGAUUGCGUGUUUGGAUGAGCUACUCCCACCGAUCCACGGACAGAUUGUUGUGACAGGGUGCUGCUAGUGCGUGAUAGUAGAUAACUUGGCGUACUAACAAGCUCCAUGAACGUGACUGUCAUGAACAGAUAACAUAUUAAACAACUGUCAAAAUCGAACAAUGUAGCUAACUAGCUUAUCCUUCGGCGUUGAUGUUGUUUUCAUAGCAUUUGGGAAGGAUGGAUGUGGGCAAAUGGUGCUCCUUGGAUACAUGGGUCGUCGUGGACAUGCAAUCAGCACUAAUCAGAUUUGUUAUCGAGCAGUAGUUAGCUUGUUAUAUAUUCGCUUGUAGUAGCCUGACAACAAUGGUUUGAGGUAUAACAGCUAAUUAGUUAUAUAUAAGCUAUAUACUGCUUGUCAGAUUGAAUUUACUUAGGCUGUAAUUCGUUAGCAGCAGACUUCUUGUAGAAUGAGACUGCUUUUGCAGAUGUCUAGAUGUACAGGCGGGGUGCAUCUACUGAAACGCAAGAUUGUUCACUCCCGUGCACACAGACUGUUUUGGAUAGAGAACCAUGUCAUCAGGGGACAGAGAAUCAAGCGAGAUCUUUCAGCAGCGGAGACAUUUUUGGAACCUGCGGCACGCCCCUCGCUCUCUAGGAGACACGUAGCCGCUCUUGUGCCGUGCUGGUUUCCACUUGGAGGGUUUUAUGGUCCCUUGACCAGGAGCUCAUGGACAGCCACUCACGCGUGCGCCUCUUACAGUUCUUCAAGCAAGUCUAAACCAACAACUCAACAUGGAGUUGACAAUACAUAUGUUCCAUCAACGGAGAAGACGGAACCCCCCACCACCAUACCAUUCGAGGAUGUCAGAAGGAUAAUGUCUCUUGCUCACCCAGAGCGCUGGAGACUGUCAGCUGCGGUUGGCUUCCUACUGGUUUCGAGUUCGGUCACCAUGUCAGCCCCCUUUUUCCUGGGCAAAGUGAUAGACACCAUCUACACCAGCAGCUCCGAUGACUUCACUUCCUCCCUCACGUCCCUCUGUAUCAUGCUGUCUGGGGUCUUCCUUGUUGGGGGUGCUGCGAACGCCGCUCGGGUCUACCUUAUGCAGGUCACAGGGCAGCAGAUCGUGAGGAACCUCCGGGUGGCCCUGUUCUCGUCCAUCCUGAGACAGGAAGUAGGGUUCUUUGACAGGACGCGCACCGGUGAACUGAUCAACCGGCUGUCGGCAGACAGCAUGUUGGUGGGGCGCUCCGUUACAGACAACCUCUCAGACGGCCUCCGUGCUGUGGCUCAAGCUGCUGCUGGGGUCAGCAUGAUGUUCUACGUGUCCCCCAGUCUGGCAGCGUUUGUGUUGAUGAUCGUCCCUCCCAUGGCUGUUCUUGCAGUGGUCUAUGGCAGAUACCUGCGCUCCAUCUCCAAACGCACACAAGACUCCCUGGCCGAGGCCACUCAGCUGGCUGAGGAACGCAUCAGUAACCUGCGGACAGUGCGUGCGUUUGGGAAGGAGCUAACCGAGGUGGAGAAGUACAUGGAGAAGGCUGACUAUGUUUUCCAGCUGGCCAAGAAAGAGGCUGUCUUGAAAGCAGGGUUCUUUGGAGUGACGGGGUUAAGUGGGAACAUCAUUAUCCUGUCGGUGCUGUACAAGGGAGGCCUGCUGAUGGCCAAUGAACACAUGACCGUGGGAGAGCUGUCCUCCUUCCUCAUGUAUGCCUUCUGGGUAGGCAUCAGCAUCGCAGGCAUGAGCUCGUUCUACUCGGAGAUGAUGAAGGGAUUCGGAGCGGGGGCACGGCUGUGGGAGCUAAUGGACAGGAAGCCGGAGUUUCCCCUAAACGAGGGGCUGAUCUUGGCAUCAGAGCAGCUGAGAGGCCAGCUGGAGUUCCAGAACGUCACCUUCUCGUACCCGACACGCAAGGACGCGCCCAUCUUCCAGGACCUGACCCUGUCUGUGCCAGCAGGCACAGUCAUGGCUGUGGUGGGCCCCAGCGGCUCAGGGAAGUCAACCCUGGUCUCCCUGCUGCUGCGCCUCUAUGACCCGGACUCAGGUGUGAUCACUAUUGAUGGGCGGGAUGUACGGGAUCUCAAUCCUUAUUGGCUGAGGAGUCACAUUGGAACAGUCAGUCAGGAGCCAGUGCUGUUUUCCUGCUCUAUUGCUGAGAACAUUGCCUAUGGAGCUAUCGACUCCAGCACUGUGACAGCCCAGGAAAUACAUCAAGCGGCUCGCAUAGCCAACGCCUAUGACUUUGUACAGGCUUUCCCAAAGGGCUUUGACACUGUAGUAGGAGAGAAGGGUGUGCUGCUGUCAGGCGGUCAGAAACAGAGGAUAGCCAUAGCCAGGGCUUUGCUCAAGAAUCCCAAGAUCCUUUUACUUGAUGAAGCUACGAGUGCACUGGAUGCAGAGAACGAGUUCCUGGUCCAGGAUGCGUUGGAGCGCCUCAUGGAAGGCCGGACGGUGCUGAUCAUUGCCCACCGUCUCUCCACCAUACAGAACGCCGACGCCGUGGCCGUGCUGGACCAACGACGCGUGGUGGAAUGCGGCCAGCACGCCACGCUGCUAGGCAACCGACAGGGCCUAUUUCGCAAGCUGAUGGAAAAGCAGGCCUUUCUGCAGCAGGGACAGAAGCAGGCUCUGCGCUGAGAGAGGAAAAGAGCCAGGGAGGGAAGGUAUGGGGGGAUGGAAAAGGGAGGAAAAACAAGCUUUUGUCCAAGGAAGGAAGAAAUGUAAUGGUUGGGAGAAAUACGAGAAAAAGGCCUUCCUGGAAGGCAGGAAGGGAGAGAGAGGAGAGAAGGAGGACCAGAAACACUGAAGUGGAGCUUAUGAGGACAAUAGUGAAACCUUGUGCAACUAUCAGAGCAUCUAUAAUCAAGACUUGCUUUUUUUAACCAAAUAACAGUCCUGACGGCAUAUAAAUGGACAUGACUGCAAAGUAUAUUUAUUUAUAUAUAUUUGUUGAAAAUUGUCAACUUGAAGCCAAUAUUCUUGUAUGAUAUGACAUGGAAUGUAUUCUGUGUCAUUUAUCCACGUGGUCCUGUGUCUUACGUCAAAUGAACAGCGACACACCCAAAAGCAAAAUCCCACACCAGCCGCUUGGUCCAAGUUGACAACCUUGUAUAUCUAAUAUCAAGUAUGACAGUGUGUUCACUGUUUAUUAUGUACAUUGGACCUUUAUUCAGGUCACUGACUAACAUUCGUUUAUGCCGAGCACUGAUAUGGUAUCACUGACAAUAGGCAGAAUCUUUUUUUGCAAGAUUGUUUUUUUGUGAGGGGUAAUGUUGACAGGGUUAGUCUUGGCUCAACUGUGAUGAGUUCAUGUGCUUCAUUCAUUGUAUGUAGGGCCAUGUCACUAUCAUGACCAGACCACUGCCAUACAGUAGCUUUGACUGGACUGGUACAGUAUAUUGGUUUUGUGAAGGCUACAAUCCCAAAUCAUUAAUCAAGCUGUUUCUGGUUUCUGUGUUUUUUGUCUCAUUUCUGCUGGAUGAUUUGACUCACGUAUGUUUUGAUAAAAAAAUAUGCAGCUUGUGUGUGUACUCAUAUCAGUUAGUCAGGUCAGCUGUCAUUGUAGCCUUGUGUGUUUCAUACCACAGUUUACCAUUAAUUCAUUGUAUUCAACCUGAUUUGUUGUUGAGCAGUACACCACCUCUACUUUGGAAUACAAUGGUGGUGUAUCAUCUUACCUGGAGACAGGGGAUGUCUGUGACUAUUGUACUGUAGAAGAACAGGCCAUUGUCUGUUCCCUGUGCUGAGACCUUUAACAUCGAACCACCCAGGUGUCAUGAAUCUUCAGGUCAUGUAACAUUCAUGUCUCAAUACUCAUUCAAUGGAGUUAUACUGAAAGACUGUACACCGAAACAUGAGUAUUUUCUACAGGAUCAACUUUAAUCAGAGUUCACCAUCCAUAAAGUAUAUCACUAUUGAGAACUAAAUCACGUAUGUGUGCAGUUUUGUGUAUGAAUGUUUCAGGAGACAUAUACAGAUUUUAUAUACAGAGCUCAUGGUAGCUUUAUUAUGGUGUUAAUAAUGUAUUAAUAUGAGAUAUUUUAAUGAUUUUUGUGUUAAAUUAUUAGGUCUUAAUAAGAAAUAAACCUAUUCCCAGAC